AUGAGCGAAUUGUUCGGCAAACAACUCCGGAAACAAACUGCUCGUGCCAAAGAAAGGUUACUCGAAGGGCUUGGAAAAGCAAAAGCCACGCAAGAUGAUGUAUUUGAUCAGCAUGCUGCAAAUCUAAGUAAGCAAAGCAAAGCCUGCGAAAGGCUUUAUCGCGACCUGAAGGCUUACGGAACAGCACUAAAAACAAUGGUUCAGGCACAGAAAACACUUCGAGAAACAAUACGAGAACUCUAUGAACCGGAUUGGCCUGAUCGUGAACAUUUAUGUGCAAUUACGCAGGUUUUUUUUUUUUAA